AGUGUAGUUGAUGUUUAAUGAAAUGUUCACUCCUCAGAUUAAGACUGUUGUGGAGACAAGAAUGUCUAGGGGUGGAGUUAAAUUUCUUAAAUCUGAGUUAGAUUAUUAAUAUUUGGCGGUUUUUUCAAUUUGAUUAGAAUGGCCUGACUUUCUUAAGACAUCCAAUAAAUAUAAGCUAGUUAUACUAACCUAUUAACACAAGGGGGCUUAUGAUUUGCAAAUCACUUGGUUUAUUUUUAUUUAAAUGUUCUAUUUCCAUUAUGUAGAAUAGUUAAGCCAUUAAAAAAGCAAUGCAGAAAUUAUCAUAUAUUUUUGUGUUGAAGAUAUAUGGCAAAAUUAAAUCUAAAUUGGGCAUAAAUUUCCUAUUGAUUAGGACUUAUAUUAAAUCAGUUUAGAGACAUACAAACAUUUUUACUAUUACCAAUUAUUAUUAUCUUAUUAUAUUCAAAUUCUGA